AUGGAGUCGAUAAUGUUCCCAUCGUCUUGGUGCUUUGGAGGGAUAAUUGGCAGCUUAAGAUGGCCGGAGUUAUGUCUCUCCCUCCUCACCUUCUACCUCAUUCACCACUUCGUCACGCACAGAAACCAGCCACUGAGGAGCUGGCCACUUCUCGGCGAGCUCCCCUCUGCACUUGCCAACAUCCACAGACUCUUUGAUUGGGGCAUAGAAUUGUUCUCCAAGCACGGUGGCACCAUAGAAUUCCACGGCCCCAUCCUCAGCAACAUGCACGUCGUGGCCACCUGCGACCCCAGGAACAUAGAGCACAUGCUCAAGUCCAGCUUCCACAACUUCCCCAAGGGCGACGAGUUCCGGGACAUCUUCUUCGACCUCAUGGGCGACGGCAUCUUGAACGCCGACCUCGAGCCGUGGAAGCAGCAGAGGAAGAUGGCCAACUCGCUGGUGCACUCCAAGGCCUUCCGGGGGUUCGUGGCCAGCAACACCCAGCACAUGGUCAGGCACAAGCUCCUGCCCGUGCUCCACCGCUUGACUCGCGCCGGCUCGGCCUUCGACAUCCAGGACGUGCUGCUUAGAUACACCUUCGAUAACACAUGCACCGCCAUCUUCGGGGAGUGCAUGAAUGCGCUCUCCAUAGAGCUCGACUCGGUGCCCUUCACCAAAGCAAUGGAUGAUAUCAUGGAGGCGAUAGCAUACCGCUAUGUGCUGCCAAGAAGAUGGUGGAAGGUCCUGCGUUUGCUGAAACUCGGCAAGGAACGGCAGAUGGCCGAGGGAUUGACUGCAGUCAAUGACUUUGUCGCUCGACAACUGGAGAAGAGGAAGAAGGCGAAGGGUUCCUCGGCUGGCGUCGACCUGCUAUCGACUUAUGCCUCCGUGUCAAGCGAUGAGGUUUUCCUCAGGGACGCUGCUAUUAACUUCCUGGUUGCCGGCCGGGAUGCGUCGGCCGCCACGCUUGUCUGGUUCUUCUGGCUUCUGUCCAAGAACCCAUACGUGAAGAAGAAGAUCUUGGAGGAGCAAAGGAUGAUACUUGCAGAAACUCAGAGAGAUUGCUUCGAAAUAGAGGACUUGAGCAAGAUGGUGUACUUGCAUGCUUCGAUUUGUGAAACACUAAGGCUGUAUCCAACAGUGCCUAUAGGCCAGAAGGGUGUGGUGAAAGAAGAUGUGCUUCCUAGUGGAACUGUGGUGAAACCAGGAACAGUGAUCUUGUACGCCAUUUUUGCAGUGGGGAUGAUGGAUUGGGUGUGGGGAAAAGACUGCCUUGAAUUCAAGCCGGAGAGGUGGUUGGAUGACCAAGCUGGGUUGAGGCAUGAAACUAACGGGUGGAGGUUUCUGGCCUUUAAUGGCGGACCAAGGACUUGCCUUGGCAAGGACAUGGCCUUUGUCCAGAUGAAGUACGCCGCGGCUGAGAUUAUGUUGAACUUUGAGAUUGAUGUGGUAGAAGGUCACCAGGUUUCCCCCAAGCCCUCGGUCAUUAUGACCAUGAAGAAUGGAUUGAUGGUGAAGGCAAAGGCGAAGCCCAAUAGAUGCCUGGUUUGA